AUGGCCGCUCGGCAUUCGCGCAAGCUUUUGAGACCUCUCCUUUACACAUCCGCGGCAGCCGCGGCAGGAGCUGGUGUUCUCUACAUUUCUUACCGUCCACGAAACAUCCCCGGUCUCGAGGCCCCAGCCGUUCCCCCACCAGGUUAUCGGGAAGGAAAGCUGGUUCCUCCUAGCUUCCCCCCAAUUAAGUCUCGUCUUGAACAGAUUCAGGAUUUGAAGCGCAGUAACGAGGAAGAAGAAUAUGAUCUGUUGGUCAUUGGUGGCGGUGCUACCGGUUCCGGAAUUGCACUAGAUGCCGCCACCCGAGGCCUCAAGGUCGCAGUGGUGGAAAGAGACGAUUUCAGUUCCGGUACCAGUAGUAAGUCUACCAAGUUGGUACACGGUGGUGUUCGUUACUUGGAAAAGGCUGUGUGGGAAUUGGAUUACAACCAAUAUGCGCUCGUCAAGGAGGCUCUCCGGGAGCGCAAAUAUUUCCUAAACACAGCUCCUCAUCUAUCGUCAUGGCUACCCAUUAUGGUGCCCGUUCAAAAGUGGUGGCAGGCUCCCUACUUCUGGGCUGGUACCAAGGCCUAUGACUUCUUGGCUGGUUCCGAGGGUAUUGAAACCUCGUACUUUUUGACCAAGAGUAAGGCGAUUGACGCCUUCCCCAUGUUGAAGCGCGAUGACAUCAUUGGCGCAAUGGUGUACUACGAUGGUGCCCAUAACGACUCCCGCAUGAACGUUUCCCUCGCUAUGACCGCUGCCCUUUACGGAACCACCGUGGUGAACCACUUGGAGGUGACUGGACUUAACAAGGAUGCCUCCGGCAAGCUGUGCGGUGCGCGCGCCAAGGACGUGGUCAGCGAGUUGAACGGCGAGGUCGCCAAGGAGUUCAACAUUCGUGCCAAGGGUAUUAUCAACGCCACUGGUCCUUUCUCUGACUCCAUUCGCAAGAUGGAUGAGCCCGGUGUGAAGGAGAUUGUUGCCCCUAGUGCUGGUGUCCACAUUAUUCUGCCCGGUUACUUCAGCCCCUCCAACAUGGGUCUGAUUGAUCCCUCGACUUCCGAUGGACGCGUGAUCUUCUUCCUGCCAUGGCAGGGUAACACCAUCGCUGGUACUACCGACCAGCCUUGUGAGAUCGAGUCCCAGCCCCAGCCCACGGAGAAGGACAUCAAUUGGAUUCUGUCCGAGAUCCGUGGCUACAUCGCCCCGGAUAUCAAGGUUGAGCGCAGCGAUGUGCUCGCCGCAUGGUCCGGUAUCCGUCCCUUGGUCCGCGACCCCAAGGCUAAGAACUCUGAGUCUCUGGUCCGCAACCACCUGGUGACUGUCUCCCCAUCUGGCCUGUUGACCUGCGCCGGUGGAAAGUGGACCACCUACCGCCAGAUGGCCGAAGAGGCCGUCGACGAAGCCCUGAAGGUCUUCAAGCUUCAGCCCCGCCAGGUGACCGCUCUCCCCGAUAUCUCCGGUGUCGGCGGCAGCGGUCUGGUUUCUGACGGCGCCGUUCUCGACGGUAGCUGCCAGACCCACCAGGUUCGCCUGAUCGGUGCCCACGGUUUCUCCAAGACCCUCUUCAUCAACCUCAUCCAGCACUUCGGUCUUGAGACCGAUGUCGCCAAGCACCUGACUGAGUCCUACGGCGAUCGCUCAUGGCAAGUCGCUGCCCUAUCCUCCCCCACCAGCGAGCGUUUCCCCGUUCGCGGCUGCCGUCUUUCCGCCAUGUACCCCUUCAUCGACGGUGAAGUCCGUUACGCCGUUCGUCACGAGUACGCCCAGACUGCUGUCGAUGUCAUUGCUCGCCGUACCCGUCUAGCCUUCUUGAACGCCGAGGCUGCCCUCGAGUCCCUCCCCAAUGUGAUCGACCUCAUGGCCGAGGAGCUGAACUGGAAUACCGCUCGUAAGGAUCUUGAGUGGAGGGAUUCCUUGACUUACCUCAAGUCCAUGGGUCUUUCUCAAAGCUUCAUGGGUCUUUCCCGACACGAUGUCCAGAAUGGUCGUGUCAAGCAAGUCGAUGACCAAGAGCGUGCCACUUUCUCUCGCAAUGAACCCCCUGCGGACAUGAUCGAAAGUGACGUGAGGGCGACUACCGAGGUCCCUCUUGAUGCCGCUUCCAAAUAA